CCUCCGGCGCUGGCCUUCGCAGCCGGGAAAGGCCGGGAAGAUGCUGGAGACGUUGCGAGAGCGGCUGCUGAGCGUCCAGCAGGACCUGAGCGCCGGGUUGAAGACUUUGAGCGACAAAUCAAGAGAUGCAAAGAAAAGUAGGCAAAGAACUGUUCAGUGUUUGCCAGAGUUUUCUGCUGGACUGGAAUUACUAAGCAGAUACGAAGAUGCUUGGGCUGCGCUUCAUAAAGGAGCCAAAGAUUGUGCAAAAGCUGGAGAGCUGGUUGACAGUGAAGUUGUGAUGCUUUCUGCACACUGGGAGAAGAAAAGGAGCAGUCUGGUGGAACUGCAGGAUCAGCUUCAGCAAAUACCAGGAUUCUUAGCAGAUCUGGAAUGCCUCACAGCAAGCCUAGCCCAGCUAGAGGCAAACUUUGAGGAAAUGGAGAAUCAUCUGUUGUGUCUCGAGGAACUAUGUGAACAGUGUGAAUUGGAAAGGUACAAAUGUAUGCAGACAUUACAGCUGGAAAACUACAAGAAAACAAAAAGGAAGGAACUGGAGACAUUUAAAGCUGAACUCGAUGCUGAACAUGCACAGAAGGUUUUGGACAUGGAGCACACCCAGCAGAUGAAGCUGAAGGAGCGCCAGAAGUUCUUUGAAGAAGCCUUCCAGCAGGACAUGGAGCAAUACCUUUCCACAGGAUACUUGCAGAUAGCAGAGAGGAGAGAACCCAUUGGAAGUAUGUCUUCCAUGGAGGUGAAUGUGGACAUGCUGGAGCAGAUGGACCUGAUGGACAUGUCUGACCAGGAAGCACUCGACGUCUUUUUGAACUCAGGAAGCGAAGACAAUAAUGUGCUGUCUCCCAUGCUGGGGCCCGACUCCAACAGCUACGUGAGCGAGAUCAGCCUGCAGGUGCCGAGCCAGUCGGAGUUGCGGCAGAAGCUCUGUUCCCUGUCCUCCACCUGCACCGACUCGGCCAGCCAGGACGCCAGCGAGGGAGAGUCCCCCGUGGUCCAGUCGGACGAAGAGGAGGUUCAAGUGGACACUGCCCUUGCUGCUGUAACUGAGAGAAAGGGUGCUUCAGAUGGCAGUGAUGAAAGUGACUCUCAGACUGUUUGAAUCUUAAAACCAUAUCCUUUGAGAAUGACUUCUGAAUGAAUGAACAAGUGAAUGAAGAGCUUGCCUGUGUAACGAUUUGCUAACCAAGCGUAACAGCCAGAUCUUUUUACUUAGUAAUACUGCCUUUUUACAAAAUUGCCAGUCAUGUGGAGGUUGGUUUUUAAAGAAAAAAAUAUGCCUAAAGCACACACACUUUAACAGUAGUCUUGGGGCUCAGGGGAGCAGUAAAACUGUUGUAUAUACUAUGUAUAAGAGAAUUUAAGGGGAAAGGUGGAAGUUACUUUGACCACUAACCUUUAAAUGGCUGAUUGGAAGUACUUAAGAGUUGAUGUGUAAAACUGAACCCAAAUUGUUCCUUGCAUGUUUUCAGCUGCUGCAACUGAAGAUUUAGGAUCCAAACCAAAAUGAAAAUUUAUUUUCUACUCUUUACUACCUACUGUCUGCCUCCUGCCUUUGUCUACUAAUGCAGCAGUGUCUACUGUUCUCACACUUCUUAUUCAGGACCAACUUAGUUAUAGGUGUUAAGGAAAAAAUAAGAAUCCAAGAAGGAGGAGAGAUGCAUAUGGAAAUGUUGCACUCCUUGUGAAGCAGGUAUCUUAGCAUUGUGUACUUACUCCUCUUUCAAGAUAAAAUAAAGAAUUUCUAUCCCAA